AUGGGUCUUCCUCCAAUAAAACAAUCUGUGAGGGAACUCAGGCCCCACGCAAAGAUUGAGGCGUCAGCUGCGGAUAUCGAGACGUAUGUCGGCUCAGAGAUCCACAAGCGGUAUUUCGUUCUUUCCAACGAGCUUGCCGACGACCCUGUCCUCCGAUCGCAUGUAAUCAACGCAAUUGUGUCCAGAUCACGGGGAAUGUUUCUACACGCCGAAUUCUAUGUCAAGUUUCUGGCCACAAAACAUAACCUCCGAGAUUUGCAGGACGGAUUGGAGGGGUUGCCAAUGACGUCCAGCGCCAUAUCAGCAGGCGAUGCAGCGGAUGCAAGCCAAAGUCCAGAAACUGUGACGUUGGCACAAAAGAUGCUGUCAUGGAUUGUCUCUGCAGUUGAGCCGAUGAAAAUCCAACACCUACAAAUUGCCUUGGCACUGAGAGAAGUUUACAGUCGCGCUGACACUCAGCUCCUGGCGCCGCACCUGAAACGGUCCGCAUGA